AUGGGUUCAAAAUCAUCACCGUCAAUGGUGGCAGUAGCAAUAAUGGCAUUAAGUGUGGUUGCAAUGCUUGAUGGUUGCGUGGCGCAAUCCUUCUGCAACACGUCACUUCCAGAGUUGUUCAAGUGCAAGCCGGCCGUGACGCCGCCAAAUCCUUCGCCGCCAACGCCAGAGUGCUGCGCGGUGGUGGCAAAGGCGGACCUGCAAUGUCUUUGCGGAUUAAAGAAUAAUCCCUUGGUGCCAACUCUGGGGAUCGAUCUAAACCUCGCCUUUCAAAUCCCUGCAAAGUGUAACCUGACUCUCCCUCCUCAAUGUUAA